ACACAAGACUGAGACCUCUCUCACUCUGUAGGCAGUAGCAUUUGCUUCGAAGGUCGUCAUUCCUUGAUGCUUUCGCUUCCAUCCAACUUAUAGAGCUACUCUCUCGCCGGAGAUCGGAUCGAUGGCGUUCUGGUGGACGUUGAUCGUUCUUGCAUUCGCUUCCGCAAUCUGUCGUUUCCUGUUGAUGCUCAUUCCUCCGAAUGUUCCUUCGAUCGACAUCGACGCCUCUGAUGUGUUGGAUGACGGAAACCAAACGCAGGAGAGCGGCUUCAUCUAUAUACCUCCAAAGGGAAGGACACAGCAGGCUGACAGAAAGGUUAAAUGCUAUGAGCCUGCUACCAUGAAGUAUUUGGGAUGUUUUCCAGCAUUCACACCAGCAGAGGUCAUGGACCGUGUAGCACAAGCAAGGAAAGCACAGAAAGUUUGGGCAAAAAGUAGCUUCAAGCAAAGACGCCAGUUUUUGCGGAUACUAUUGAAAUAUAUUAUUGAACACCAAAAGCUUAUAUGCGAAAUCUCUUCACGUGAUACUGGGAAGACAAUGGUUGAUGCUUCUUUGGGAGAAAUAAUGACAACAUGUGAGAAGAUAACUUGGCUUCUUUCAGAGGGUGAACGAUGGCUCAAGCCUGAAUACAGAUCAUCAGGAAGAUCAAUGCUUCACAAGAGGUCCAAAGUGGAGUUCCACCCUCUAGGUGUCAUUGGGGCGAUUGUUUCAUGGAAUUACCCUUUCCACAAUAUUUUUAACCCAAUGCUUGCAGCAAUCUUUUCUGGCAAUAGUAUUGUGAUCAAGGUUUCAGAAAAUGCAAGCUGGUCUGGAUGUUGCUACUUCCGAAUAAUCCAAACAGCCCUUGCUGCUGUUGGGGCUCCAGAAAAUCUGGUCGAGGUAAUUACGGGAUUUGCUGAAACAGGAGAAGCACUUGUUUCUGCUGUUGAUAAAAUCAUAUUUGUUGGAUCACCAGCUGUGGGCAAGAUGAUAAUGAGAAAUGCUUCAGAGACUCUUAUACCAGUUACACUUGAGCUUGGUGGCAAAGAUGCAUUUAUUGUAUGUGAAGAUGUGGAUGUUGCUCAUGUUGCACAAAUUGCUGUUAGAGCUGCUCUGCAAUCAAGUGGACAAAAUUGUGCUGGAGCUGAAAGGUUUUAUGUUCACAAGGACAUUUAUUCUUCAUUUGUUAGUCAAGUGGAAAAAUUUGUAAAGUCUGUUACAGCUGGUCCACCACUUGCUGGGAGAUAUGACAUGGGUGCCAUAUGCUUGCAAGAUCAUUCUGAGAAGCUUCAGAGCCUUGUUGAUGAUGCCUUAGAGAAAGGAGCUGAAAUUAUAGCCCGUGGAAGAUUUGGUCGUUUAGGUGAAGGUGCAGAGGAUCAAUUUUUCCCACCCACUGUGCUCGUAAAUGUAAACCAUACCAUGAAGUUGAUGCAAGAAGAGACUUUUGGACCAAUCAUGCCCAUUAUGAAAUUCAGCAGUGAUGAAGAGGCUGUCAAGCUUGCAAAUGAUUCAAGAUAUGGGCUCGGCUGUGCUGUUUUCUCUGGAAGUCAGAAGCGUGCCAAAGAGAUAGCUUCCCAGAUACACUGUGGAGUUGCUGCAAUUAAUGAUUUUGCAUCAACCUACAUGUGCCAGUCCCUGCCAUUCGGUGGCGUAAAAGAUAGUGGGUUUGGACGAUUUGCUGGUGUAGAGGGAUUGCGAGCUUGCUGUCUUGUUAAGUCAGUUGUUGAGGAUAGAUGGUGGCCUUAUGUCAAAACGAUAAUACCAAAACCUAUUCAGUAUCCCGUUGCAGAGAACGGCUUCGAGUUCCAAGAGUCACUUGUAGAGGCACUUUAUGGUUUGAACAUAUGGGACCGAUUGCGAGCUCUAGUCAAUGUUUUAAAGAUCCUUUCAGAUAAAAAUUCUUCUGCCAGUAGUAAUAGAAGAACUGACUGAGCCGCAGGAUGGGCUACAAAGAGACUCACACCACUGUAGUUGAAGCCUUGUCAGAGCAUGUUAAGGAUUUUGGUGAAUUGACUUUCGCUACCAAUUUCCACCCCUAGAAUGUUGUACUACCAUUGUUCGAGACAAUGUUUUCCACCUCUAACGAUACAAGCUAAACAAUUGAUAAUUGCUUUAAUAGUCUCCCACCUCUAAUGAUACAAGCUAAACAAUUGAUAAUUGCUUUAAUCAAUGAGCGGCUAAAAG